UCCCGCUGCUUCUCCCCGGCAGAGCUAAAACUCCAUGUUGGUGGUGGUACUGCUGACAGACUUCAUGCCCAAUGGAGAGCGACCACGCUGGGGGAGAUUACAGGUAACUUCCCUCCCAGUGAAGGCAGACCAGCUACUGGUGGUACAUGUUCCCAAGCAGUACUACCCACCAAUACAGGCCUGAAAAGAAACUUUAACGACAAGGCUGACCGUGUAACGUUCCGCUCCAAACAGAACGUUGACUAUAGCUUCCUGCUUCAGUUCUGCACUGGGCGUAGCCUGCUCUACCUGCAGCUGGAGGACGACGUCGCCUGCUCGCAUCACUUCCUGUCCGCCAUCAGGAGGCGUGUCCAGCAAAUGGAAGUGCCCUGGGCCACGUUAGAGUUCUCAGCCCUGGGCUACAUUGGGAAGCUGUACCACUCAGAACACCUCCCCCUCCUCUCACGCUUCCUCUUCCUGUUCUACCAGGAAAUGCCCUGCGACUUCCUGUUCAGUCACUUCCGGGUGCUUUUGACGCAGAGCGAGGUGAUCCGCUUCACACCAUCACUGUUUCAACACACAGGCUCAUACUCUUCCUUCCUGGGAACCUUCAACAAGCUGAAGGAUGAAGACUACGAGGAUCUCUACACCAACCCUGCUGCUGACGUCUAUAGUGACAUACCAGUCUAUCAGGACCAUGUGGCGGCCAUGGCCUGGUCUCCUGGUACUGGAACCUUCUUCUGGGGGCGGAGUCCUUCUUCAGGAAACCACCUAACCGUCAUCUUCAAACAUCCUGUUGUGGUUACCACCAUUACCGUGGCGACUGGUUCAGCAGAGGGUCGUGAUCGGUUGGCAUCUGCGACCGUAGAACUGGGUCUCCACCCGGUAACCGAGAAGACGGGGUCGGGGACAACAUGCCAAGAGUUCUAUAGCGUGGGGGAUCUGCAGGGAGGGAGGAUGGACAUGACGGACGUACACAAGAAGAGAUUUGGCCACGCCUCUUCCUGUCUGAAGAUAAGAGUCACAGCCAAGCAGAAUGACUGGGUUAUCAUCAAGAAGAUCAGGAUUACUACAAAGGAGGACUGAACACUCUGAAAACACACACACACACACUCUCUGAACACACUCACACUGAACAGACACACACACUGAAUGUAGCUAAGGUGAUUUGGUCUGACCCUGUU